UGGUGUGAACUGACGGAUCAGGUAAACGGUGUUAAUUCAGCCCGUCUGCGACGCAACAACAGGUGAAUGAAUGACCACGACGGAGACUCUAUUUGGCUGUUACAUCCAUUAAUAGCGACUACAUCAAGGAAAUAAAGAUGUGAGGUGGACUAUUUUAGUCGGAAUUAUCUGACUGUAAAUUGGGACGCGUCGCGGCCACUUGUCCGAGUUACUGCAGCCAAAUGAUAUCUUGCUUUUAGUGUGAAUUAAGGGACUGAGUGUCAGACAUGUUAUCAGGGGAGGAAAUCUUAUGCAGCACCCAGCAGGUGAUCGCAGGGCUGGAGGCCUUGCGUGGAGAGAACCGCACGCUGCUGGACAGCCUGCAGGAAACGCUCCAGAGCCAGACGUCCAGCGAGAGUGGCAGUCUGGAGCAGGAGAAGACCAACAUCAUUUUACAGUCUCUGGAGAGGAUUGAACUGGGCCUAGGAGAGGCGCAAGUGAUGAUGGCGUUGUCGGCACACCUGGGCUCCUUGGAGGCAGAGAAGCAGAAGUUGCGUGCUCAGGUGCGGAGGUUGUGCCAGGAGAACCAGUGGCUGAGGGACGAGCUGGCCCGGGCCCAGCAGCAGCUACAGGAGCGGGAACAAGAAGUGGUUACUUUAGAGGAGCAGAACAGACACCUGCAGUUCAUGAGCAGCAUCCGCAAAUACGACCACGAAGAGCUGCCUAUGGAGGAUAAGGCUUCUACUUCAGGGAAGGAGUCCCUUGAUGAUCUCUUUCCUACUGAAGAAGAGGAGCAAUCACACAUGUCUCAGCCACACAGUAGUGCCGCUGCAGCUGCCCAGCAAGGAGGAUAUGAGAUCCCUGCCCGACUCCGAACUCUCCACAACCUGGUGAUCCAGUACGCCUCUCAGGGCCGCUAUGAGGUGGCUGUGCCACUCUGCAAGCAAGCUCUGGAGGACCUGGAGAAAUCCUCAGGCCACAGUCAUCCGGAUGUUGCUACCAUGCUCAAUAUCCUGGCUUUAGUGUACAGGGAUCAAAACAAAUACAAGGAAGCUGCCAAUCUCCUAAAUGAUGCAUUGGCCAUCCGUGAGAAGACGCUAGGCAUGGACCAUCCAGCAGUGGCAGCUACUCUGAAUAAUCUGGCUGUGUUGUAUGGAAAAAGGGGGAAGUAUAAAGAGGCAGAGCCGCUGUGUAAAAGAGCUCUGGAGAUCAGAGAAAAGGUGCUUGGGACAGAUCACCCUGAUGUAGCCAAGCAGCUGAAUAACUUAGCCCUCCUAUGCCAGAACCAGGGCAAAUACCAAGAGGUGGAGCAGUACUAUGAACGUGCGCUGCACAUUUACCAAAGCCAGCUGGGUCCAGACGAUGCCAACGUGGCCAAGACCAAGAAUAACCUGGCCUCCUGUUACCUCAAGCAGGGGAAAUACAGGCAAGCUGAGGCUCUUUAUAAAGAGAUUCUGACUCGUGCUCAUGAGAAGGAGUUUGGCUCAGUGGAGGGGGACGGGCGGCCCGUUUGGAUACAUACAGAGGAGGGAAGCUCUAGACAGGAUGGUCUGGGAAGUCUGAAACGCAGCGGAUCGUUUACCAAGCUCCGGGAAUCCAUAAGACGAAGCAGUGAAAAACUUGUUCGGAAACUAAAAGGAGUUGGAACGCAGGAAACAGCCCCUCGAGCUGCUGGGAUGAAGAGAGCCAAUUCUCUUAAUGUGCUUAAUGUCGGUCUCAAAGAGAGCCAAGAGACUGCUAUGAAGCCCAAGAGGCUGACAGACGCUCGCGGUUUAAGUUCCAGCACGCAGAGUUUAGCCCGCCGUGCAUCUCUAAACAGUGACAGCUAACUUUCAGCUCAACAUAUGACAUCAGGACUUUGGGGCAAUGGAGAGAUGUCAACCUCACAUCUGGUUGGUCUGUAAUGACUGCGGAGAUCAUAUAUGACAAUAAUGUGAGGAAUAGUACGUUACAAUGAACGCAGGCCUGCCUGAGACACACUUUAAAGGAGUCUGUUAAAGUGCUCCUGGAAAAGGAAACACUUUGGCUUUACAAAAAGCCCUUUUUUACAAGAUAAAAUGUAUAAUUUAUUGCAUUUUAAAGUUAGGACCAUAUUGAGGUUUUGAUAAUCAGACUAUCUAAUAUUACCACAGCUUUUCCACAAAAAGGUGGUCACAUUUACAUUUUUGUUCAGGCAAAAUCCAGCCACUUCAAUAGGAAUCCAUGCAAUCGGGAGUUUUGUGUAAGGGCUCCAUGCAGAUUUCACUCAUGGUCAUGUAAAUUUGCCACGUUGACCAGCAGAAUGUUGUUACUAUGAAAGUCUUUAUUUCGUGAGCUUCAUGCAUCACUACAUUAUUGACAGUGGACCUUGCCUGUUAAAUUUCUCUGAAAUGUCGCUGAUGUGACCACACCUUAGUAUGGAAGCCCAUUUCUGCCACCGAAUAAAAAAUAAAAAAAGGUAAUUGUGACAUUUUUCUCACAAUUCUGCUUUUUAAGUCAGAAUUACGAGAUGUAAACUCGCAGUUCUGAGAAAUGAAGUCAGAACUGCAUGAGAUAAACUGCCCUCCAAAGGUUUGGAAACACCCUUGGCAAAGUGUGGUUUUGGAUGAUAUCAGCAUAAAUCCUUAUCAUUUUUUGGUGCAAAUGACAUUAUCAUUGAAGAGCAGCAAUAAUAAUUUUCAUUUUGAUUACAUAAUAAUGGCAAUAUUUACAUGUCAAAGCCAGACAUGCCCCUUUGCCAGCUGUGAUGCCUGGUUACUGGUUUAAACUUGGCCCAGGUUUUUAAAAGAUUUUUGGGUCAGCACACCUUAAUAGCUUCAACAAUUGAUUGCCAGUUAAGUUUACAAUACAAUGAAUUUAGGCCCAGAUUAUGCAGAGCUGUAAUAGCUGCUAAUGGUGGAUAUUUUGAUUAAUCGAAAAUGUUAGUUUUUUCUAUGUAUAAACUGUUUAUGUAAUAAAAUAUGUUUUCGUAGUUUGUGUUGUCCCUUAUCAGUGCAAAAAUUAUCACAAAUUAAAAAGGAUUCAUGCUAAUAUUGUCCAAAACGCCACUCUUCCAGGGCAUUUCCAAACUUUUGGAGGGCAGUGUAAACUCACAAUUCUAACUUUGCUCGGAAGAAAUUGUGAGUUUGUCUCACAAUUGUGACUUUGUAAGAAUUGCGAGUUUACAUCAUGCAGUUCUGACUUCAUUUCUCAGAAUUGUGAAGUUAAAUUCAAUAUAGUUUAUAUUAAUUCUGAGGGGGGAAAAAAGUCAAAAUUGUGAGUUUGUAUCACAAUUUAUUUAUUUAUUUAUAUAUUUUUUUGCCAUUUUUGCCUUUAUUAUGAUAGGACAGUAUUCAGGCAGGGAGUAAAGUGUGAGAGAGAGGGGGGAGGGGAUCAGUAAAGGUCCAUGAACCGGGACUCAAACUCGGGAUGCCAAAAGCUCAGCGACGCUAUAUAAUGGUGCGCUGCUCACAAGGCUAUUGGCGCCAAUGUAUCACAAUUCAGAGAACAAAAAGUCAGAAUUGUGUGAAAGUGUCCCAGUUACCUUUUUUUAUUAUUCAGUGGCGUAAUCAAGCCUCCAUACCUUAGCAAUUAGAAAAUUGUAGCAUUAUGUGACAUACAUUCCAUGUCCUCAAGCCGCCAUGCAUUAGAAUUAUAGUAUUGGAAUUGAACAGUUUGCACUUAAAUUUUCAAAUCGCUUCUAAUUGCACUUAACUCAAAAAUUUCUAAUAAAUGGUUAUGUAGGAUGUUACAUUCCAAAAUGAAUGAAACAUUUGUUGUAUAUGCUAAUUUGUACAUUUAAGAGUUAAUAUCAACCAAUUGUGGUACAUACCUGUGCCUAUAAAAUAAGGGACUUUUGAUUUUUCAAUUUCAGACAUGUUGUACAUUAUAUAUAUGCAUGCUGUGCUAAUGCUUUAGUUUUAAGUACUUCUCAACACAAUAAGAGAUUUUAUAUGAGUGGAAUAUCAGGGUAUAAGACUAAUACACAGUAUAUAACUUGAAUCUAGCUAAUGAAUGUAGUUACUAAGAGGUUAGAUAUCAAUGAGCUGUUACAUAAUCUAAACUGUACGUGCUAUAUGGUUGAAUCAUGAUACAUAUUCCAUGAUCUUAGGAAGUAUACUGAUAUACUGAAUGUUACUGAUGGACCAAAUAAAAUUGUUCUACCUCUGUUAAAAUUAAAAUGUGUAAAAAGUGUUUUUGCAUAACUAGGUGACUGACAGCUGAUAUGGCCCAAUCAGUAGUUGGAUCCAACUCCUGGUGUCCUCCAGUGGUUUCCCCUUGUGUUUGUGUGCCCUCUACAGCUGCUUUUGAGACAGCAUGUUUCUCUCCGAACAGCAAAGAAUGACACCGACUAAAGAAAAGCAUUUAUUAAUGCUUCUAGGACUGUUGUAGAAAACACCAUAUUAAAGUAAAAAUAAGAAUACAUAUAUACAAA